AUGAUGUGGAAUACCAGCGGAGGCGGCCACACUUCUCCCCCUGUCGCAAUGCCUGUUCCAGCUCAUUCAGUUUUGACGCCUGGGCUUCCUGUACCAGAACACCGAGGACGACCUCUCAGCAUGGCCGGUCCACCGUCACCUGGAUGGACUGCUGAACGAGUAACAACUCCAAUGCCACUCCCUGCGCCCCCUAUUUCAUACGUCGAUUCAGAUGGAAUCUCAUACGCACACACACCCGCCCCUCGCGGUUUUUUGUCUACAGGCAACAGCCAUCACCACCAUUCACGCUCACAUAGUGCCACCCGACAUGAAGAACAUAUUCACCACCAACAGCCUACCCCAGUUCUUGUUGUUCAACGGCCUCAGCGACAACCGCAGCCAAUGCCUGUUCCUGCCCCCGCCAAGCCUCUUCGGGUCGUGCCUCCGAUGCCCGCCAUUCACCCCCAGUUCAAGUACUCCAAGUGUACUGGGCGACGCCGAGCCCUGUGUAUUGGGAUCAACUACCGGGGUCAGCCUCAUGAGCUUCGAGGCUGCAUAAACGAUGCCAAGCACGUCUACAGCUUUCUCGUUCGUCGGUUCGGGUACAAGCCAGAAGACAUUGUCGUUCUCACCGAUGACAGCCCUCACCAACGGGCUCAGCCAACUCGGCGGAACAUGAUCGAUGCUAUGCAUUGGUUAGUCAAGGAUGCUAGACCACACGACUCUCUCUUUUUUCACUAUUCAGGACAUGGAGGACAAACUCAGGAUUUAGACGGAGACGAGGUCGAUGGAUUUGACGAAACGAUUUACCCCUUGGACUAUAAACGAGCUGGAUUCAUUGUUGAUGACGAGAUGCACGAUAUUAUGGUCAAACCUCUCCCCAGUGGAUGUCGCCUUACGGCUGUUUUUGAUUCAUGUCACUCCGGCACUGUGCUUGAUCUUCCUUAUAUCUAUGACUCCCGUGGGCGACUUCGUGGGCGACAGAUCUCUGAUCGCGCUCGCGCUCGCAAAGCCACUCCCGCAGAUGUAAUCUCAUGGUCAGGGUGUAAGGACGGACAAACAAGCGCAGACACCUUCAUUGACGGGCAAGCCGUUGGCGCUGCUAGCCAUGCAUUCAUCAAAGCCAUCGAUAUGCAGCCACACCAAUCAUAUCAAGACUUGUUGCGCAACAUUCGUAAGAUUUUGCAACCCAAGUUUAGUCAAAAGCCACAACUUGGGAGCUCCCAUCCAAUCGACACUUCUUUGCGAUUUAUCAUGUGA